AUGAAAGAGCCUUUCCAACUUCGUCUAUCGGGAUCACCAUCUGUCGACAAUACUUCAGCUGCUCGCGAGUCCCGAGUGAUUCAACGGCCCCCGGAAAUCCGGACAUUGCGCGCAUGGCAGUCAGACCAGAAUCUCAUGGCAUCUAGCCUAGAGACAUUCGGUCUGCUCCCAAGCCCGCCACUCUCAGACUCGCAGCCCUCUCAAGCAUCGCCUGCAUCGACGUACUUCUCAUCCAAACCAGGGUCCGAGUUCGAGACUGAUCGAGAAAUGGACUGUGCCUGUCUUGCCCAAGCAACAUCUUGCAACCGCUGUACUCCUCAGUCACCCGCAACUGAACUAUCCGUUCAAAACUACGAGGCCGAGGCCACCAAUGUACAUAUGGCUCACUCGACCUUUGUCAGACAAUUUGAAUUAGGGAAAGGGCAAUAUACCUCAGCGGCAACGGAAUCGGGGUGCAUGUCACCACCUGCGACCUGCUCAGAUGUGGGCUCGGGGAAGAGAGAUUUUUCUGGGUCUUCAGCUGCGACGCAAAGGAGUAGGUCAGGAACGGUUUCCAGCGAGGGGAGUUGGGUUCCCAGCAGCCUCUCUUACUGCGAAACAUGGCUCCAGGGUGCGCCCAUGGAGUCUGUAAAGGACGAGGCUGGCACAUCAACUGUUUCUAAUCGGAGGAAGUUUCAAAUUGUCCAACAAAGCCCGUUCAUUCCAGACUGGAAACGUGCGCAUAAUGACGCGGUCCUCGCCGUAAAAAGCAAGAUGAUGAAGCCCAAGUUGGUAGACAUUUCUCGACAAUCCUCACCGGCAAUGAGCUACUCGCUCCCUACUCCAACGCACACCAUACCCGCCACUCCAGAUAACAGCCUGCCAGAAGUCUCGGCGUUUAGCCCUGAUACCCCUCUAGAGAUGUCCGACGGUGGAUAUGCCACACAUAACACGGCCUCCUUCCCAAAGCAUCAAGGUGGCGGCGAGCGAGGUAACACGAACUCGGAGCCGAUGAUUUCAGGAGCCAGCAAAACAAUGAUAUGUGACUUAGAAGCCGAGAAUGCCGACGGUGGAGAGACAGAGCCCAGGCCCCCUCCUCCGCCCAAGGUUGUUCCUCCAUCUGAAAAGCAGGCGCCACCGCGUGCUCCAUCAACCAAACCGGACAAGGAAGAACUAGAGAAGCUUUGGGAUCACGAGUGGACGAUCGACCAGUUGGAGCACUCGGUCAAAGAUUUUCCACAAAACAUGCUCCGACUAACUUCACCGGUUGUGGUGUUUCUCAGGCACAAUCAAGAACGAACUUUGAUACGCCCGUUUCGCCAAAUAUUUCCAAAUGCUCCUCAAUCACUUCUUGACUCUCUUUGUGCCGCGCUCAUUGCGAAGAAUUACCUUCUAUCAUUGCCAUCGCUCAGCCGCAAGACAACCAAUAUACAUGCCCGUUCCCAGGUCUCAAGGUUAGACUCAGUGCCAAAGAAGGCCAAUUCAAUUCUCGGGAUGAAGUUUGCGCAACCGCAGCCUUCACGCGUCCGAGACCAGGUCCUGGGCACCCGAAACUGCAAACUCUACGAAGACCUCGAUUCGAUCGUGGACAACUUACUAUUCACCCUCCGCGGUCCUCAUGACGAGGCAUUGAAAACGGCCGUCUUGGUCAUCAUACAGGUCCUGGAGACCAAAGCAUAG